AUGAAACAAACUGGAGUUCAAGAUGUUAGUCGACAAUUACAAUCCGCUGUUUUCUCUUCGGGAUUGACGACAAAGUUAAUAUGUCUCUUUUGUAUUAUCGGAUAUUUCCUUUCCUACAGUCCUCAAUGUGUCCGCAUCCUUGCUGUCAUACCAGGUCGUGUCAUGCCGCCUAACUUCUGGAUUUGGACAUUUGUAACUCAUAGUUUCAUAGAGUUGCAUAUUUGGCAUACCAUCAUCGAUGUCAUCGUUGUGUUCCUCUAUUCGAAAAUGAUCGAACCUUUGUGGGGCACCAAAGAACUUCUACGCUUCUAUUUUAUUGUCACCAUUCCAAAUGCAUUAUUUGCCACAUGUAUCUAUUUUCUUUUUUAUGGUUUUACAUUUAAAGAGGAAUAUUUGUUCGAAAGACCAAUCUAUGGUUUAGCUGCAUUUAUCGGUGCUUAUUCGGUUGUUAUUAAACAAAUUAUGCCUGAUACUGUUCUGGCAACAACACCUUUCUUUAAACUUAAACAAGAUCAAGUACCAUUGCUGAUCAUACUCAUCUCCAUUGGACUUUGGUUUGCACAUGCCGUUCCAAUUCAUUUCUUAAUUAUGCUAAGCUUUGGAAUUGUUAUUAGUUGGACAUAUUUAAGAUUCUUUCAAAAUCAUCAAAACGGAACGAAAGGUGAUAUGUCAGCAACGUUUUCCUUUGCAAGCUUCUUCCCUUCACCUAUCGCUCCGAUUAUUAGUAUACUUGCCAACACGAUCUUCGGACUUUUUGUUCAAUUGAAAUUGUGUAAACCAUUCGUUAAAAAAUACAACGUUGCUUCAUCAUCCGGUCUGACAAUUACAAUUCCAGGUCCUGAUGCAGCUGAUGCUGACAGGCGAAGACAAAAAGCCUUGAAAGCUUUAAAUGAUCGCAUGAAAGCCAAAGAAACUGUCAAUGAAUCGUGGCCCGAUCUCGAUGAACCCAGCCAAAGUCCAUUUAUCGAUCCGGCCCAAAAUUCGUCGAUUACUAUCGACAUGAGCAAUUUAGAUGAGCCCACAUCAGGUGCAACUAAAGAAGAUCUAAAUCAACCUUUCUUUGACACUGAACAACAACAGCAACAAUCAUCAUGA